CCAUACGCGAGGAGAGUGUGAGAAGAAUGGUCUUCCUACCACUCUUGGCUGUGCUCGCAGCAGCAGCGGCGACGGUGCGAGGCGCGUGCGAGUGUGGCUAUCUGGACCCCUCGACGGGCGCACUGUGGACCGACGCGACGAUCAGCUACUUUAACGAAACAGGCCUGACCGACGUCGUCACGCAGCCGGCCAAGUCGCCCCGGAUCUACGGCGAGCAGUCGGCGGGCGACACGGGCACCGGGCAGCAGCCGUGGUCCCUUGUGGGCAACCACAUCAACGAGUACGAGGAAUCGUUUGGCGCCACCUGGAGACGCGCCGUCUCGUACAACAACACCUUUCUCAACGGCACUAAUGGCCUGGCCAUGCAGAUCAGCCCUGCCGACAUCAAGAACCGCAUCGUCAAUGGCUCCCAGAUCGUCUCUCGCAGGCGAGACAUCCAGUACGGCACCUUUCGCGCCAAAAUUAUUCCGGCGCCCAACGUGGGCGCAGGCGGUGCCUUUACGUUCGGCGCUUCCUACAACGAGAGUGAGACGGUCGAUCUGAGCAUCUUUCUCUCCAACGACGUCCACAACGGCACACUCCGAUGGAGUUACUCGGCCUCGGACCACAACGCAGCCCCGGUCAAGACGAACCUGUCGUACAUCGAGGGUGCCACCGAGCAGCGCUUCGACUGGCUGAGCAGCAAGGUGAUCCAGUUCCGCAACGACGGCACCAAUGCCUCUUCGAACUUUUACGCCUACGAGAAAAAGACCAACGCGACCAACAUCCCCACCUCGGCCGCGCCCGUCAGCUUCCAGGUCUAUUCCAACGGCGAGCCGAGCGGGUCGCAGGGUCCCCCGCUCUACGGGCCCUUGAUCACGACGCUCGUCUAUGCCAGGCUGUUUUUCAACUCGACGAUGGACACGCGCCACGAGCAAUUUGCGCAGCAGUGCGCCCAGUCGCCCGUCGCCGUCUGCAGUACCGACGACCUGACGCUGCGUAACAGCACCGCCUUUGACCUGGCCGCCACGAUGGAGUUCAAGCCAGCCAAGAUGCACUUCCGGCCACCGCUGUACGCGAUCAUCUGCUUCUCGGCCUUUGUCGGCAUCUUCCUUGCCGUCAUGCUACACGGCAUCAUCAUUCGCAGCGCCAACCGUGCCUCGGCCGACGGCGGUCACGGCCAUACGCCCCCUGCUCCUGCACCUACCGCGCCAGCUGAAAAGGAUGAGUGGGACGAGGGUCAGGAGCGGGAGCAGAACCCGGAAAAGAUCAGGCUUGGCGACCCAUUUGUCAGGACGGAGCUCACCAGCACCGUCGGCCACGGCUGGGACGAGGACGAGACGUUGGACGAUGGUGACUCGGACUACGACUCGGACAACUACGAGGACGUCGACGUGCUCACGGGCAACUUUGAGCGGCGCAAGACACUCACAGAAGUCCUCGAGCAGCUCCCCACCUUUUCGCCCUCGCUGCCGUCCUCGUCGUCGGGCACUUUUGGCGCCCACUUCAAGGAGGGCAUCGCCUCGCCCGUCGAGAUGCUCGACCGCAUGAAGGCCCAUCGCGCCACGGCAUACAUGCGCAGCCUGCCCAGCGGCGAGUCGCUCACCUCGGGCCUGUAUGCCUCGAGCAGCAACGGCCACGGCAGCAUGGUCUUUAGCCACCACGGCCACGGCGGCGGCCUGGCCACCAGUUCCAGCACCGGCCACGGACUCAACAGUGGCGCACAGCCGACGGGCCGGCGCCAGAUCAUCCGCUGGAAGGACCGCCAGGACGACGGGGGUGACAUGCAGCUGGCCAGGCCUGCGGGCCAGGACCAGGAGGCAAGGCGGCCGAGCGUGAUGGGCGUGCGCCAGACGCUGUUGCAAGUCACCCUGUCCAAGCUCAAGCAGCUCAUCUUCAUCGACAGCGAGGGCGGCAUGCGGACGUCGACGGGCGAGCGCCGAAUCGACUACCUCGACGGCAUGAGGGGCUUUGCCUGUCUCUUUGUCUCUCUCGGCCACUUUACCUUGAUCUUCUACUACGCCGUCGCCGAUCCCACCGGUCCCUCGCACUACCCUGAGAUGACGCACUGGCUCCGCAUGACCGUGGGCCCCAUCGUCGUCAACGCCGGCCUGGUGCUGGGCAUCUUCUUCACCCUGCCCGCCCGGACCAUGUGCAUGCGCUACCUGCUCAAGGGCGGCGUCCAGUCGCUGGCCGACAGCACCGUGCGUCGAAUUCCGCGUCUGGCGCUGCCCGUGCUCGGUGCCUGCAUCGCAAACUACUUUCUCAUCGACGUCGACGCCUACAAGUGGGUGCCCCGGCUGUCGUCGCGGACGUGGAGCGUGUGGGACUACUGGCAGAAUUACGACAACGUCAUGGUCUUUGUCAAUGCCUUUGUCACCCUCUGGUGGGCUGCCCCGCCCGAGUCACCGGCCCUCGUCACUGGCUACGCCACGGGCGUGCUCUGGACCAUCCCCGUCAUUGUCCAAGGCAUGUGGACGUGCAUGCUGGCGGUGCUCAUUGCCCACGAGCUCAAGCGGCCCUGGAAGCGCUUCCUCUACUACUUUUUCUGCGUCACCCUGUCGUGGUACGCAAACACCUGGGACCUCUUUUUCAUGUCUGGCCUCAUUGUCGCGGACCUGGAUGCGAACCUGCACUACCGCGACUUUGCCAAAAAGGGCUUCAAGCUCCUCCCCGGCGUCCACAUCGAAGUCGGCCUGCUCGCCUGGCUCUUUUUCGCCGCCUGCGCGCUCCAGCAGUGGUUCAUCUACAUUCCCGCCUCGCCGGGCGCGCUCUUUGACCUGUGGGAGUACGGCAUCCACCCCGACUGGAUCAACGCCAAACCCCACGACUGGAACGGCCAGGUCGUCUUCGCCUACACGAACCCGCGCGUCGGCAGCUGGUUCUGGGUCAUGUCCGUCUUGAUCCUCGCCGACCUGAGCCCGCUCGUCCAGACGUUCUUCCGCCUCCGCAUCUGGUCCUUCCUCGGCAAGCACUCGAUGGCCUACUUUUUGUGCCACGGCAUCAUCUUCUGGACCUGGGGCGCCUGGCUCUGCCUCGCGCUCCUCGAGCGCAACGUGCCCUACUGGGCCACGAUUCUCGUCGUCUUUGUGACGAGCUACACGCUCCUUACCGCCCUCUGCAUCUGCUUCACCUACACCUUUGAGUGGUGGAGCAUCCUCUUCUCCAAGGCCGUCUGGCGUGCCUCGAGCGGCGGUCUCGGCCGCAAGGUGUGAUUGCCUAUUUCAGUGUACAUUCGAUCCGAUAUCAUAGAGAGCAGAUCUUUCAUUCAAUCCCAU